AUGAUGCAAAGGUGAAAGGCCGCGUGUAGCUUCCAUCCGUCGGAGUUUAGUUCCAGUUCCAGCCUUUGAGUUCUACGGAGAAGUACUGUCAAAUCCUAAUUCGGAUUAGAAUUCACCGGAAAUAACUUGAACUGAAACUCCUGCCGUGUCCUUUUGUUCCUCUCACAGCCGCGCGGAUCCCCGUGCUGCCAACCCCGCGAUUCCGUGCCCGCGCUCCUCCUACCGAUCGGUGGACUCCGCGAACUCGUACCCUGAUCUUCCGUUCGAAGUCUCAGAUCGCCCAUCGCCUAGUCGAAUCCUAGCUCGCCUGCUCCACCACCAUGGCCUUCUCCUCUUUCACAUGGCCGUUCCGCCGCCGCAGCAGCGGCACCGGCGCCGCUGCAGGCCCAAGCAAACCCCCCGCAGCCGCCGGCAAGGGGAAGGAAAAGGAGGAGGAGGAGGAGGCGGAGGCGCACGGCGUGACGCCGCAGCUCCUCGACUUCCUCCGGACGCUCUCCCCGGACGCCUUCAAGUCAUCCGCCCUCCAGCUCCAAGGAGCCUCCGCGGAGGCGGCGGCGGCGGCCGAGCUCACGGACUGGCAGCAGCGGCACGCCGUCCUCGUGCUCGCCAAAGCCAAGGAACUCGCCAAGAUCCGGUACGAUCUGUGCCCGCGCCACAUGAAGGACAAGCAGUUCUGGAGGGUAUACUUCCUGCUCGCCAAGAGCUACAUCUUACCGUACGAGUUGCGUGCCAUACAAAAGGAGAAGGUUAGAAGGAUGGAGGCAGAAAACAGGAAGUCAAAAGAUGUGAUUACUGUCGAGGUGGAGAUGCAAGAAUCAAAAUGCAGUAGAGAAUCUCAAAUGUUACCAGUUGAUUCAGAAUUUCAGGAUUCAUAGUUAAUUUUGCUGAUGGGAUAUUAGGAAGUUCCAGAUGCAUGUGCUGAGUGUUUAUUGCGACUUUCUUGCUUGAGGGAGCUCUGACUAGUGUGCCAUCGUGAUGCCUGUAUAUGUAGUAACCAAAUCUUGAUAUCUAAGAGUUGCUAUGCAGAGCAUGACAUCUUCUAAUAGUUUAACAUAGCAUAUGUAGACUGAACUGACAUGUAAGUGGAGGGGAACUUGGACAUCUUGUCGUGAAAUCCAUAAACAUUAUGUAUUCUUGUGCGGCCAUACCGAUUCUUUCCUUUUGUACGCCCAGUUUAUUGUCACUGAAAAUUCUGCUACACCAGUACAUUUAUUAUGCAUUUUGAUUUGAUUC